AUGAUCCCAAAUGGUGUUCAGGUUACUCCAAUUGAUUACAAUAAUGAUGCCACCAUUGUGUCCGCCCUCAAGGGCCAGCAGUUUCUUAUCAUAACAAUGGCCCCAAAAGCUCCAAGGGAUACACAUAGCAAGCUUGUUCAGGCAACAGCCAAGGCCGGUUUUCCUUAUGUUAUGCCCAGCAAAUAUGGCCUUGACGUUGACAACAUAACUUUCGGGCCAGGACACAAUGCUAGGCCCCAUUGGAAAGGCGCACAGAGAUGAGAUUGAGAGACUUGGCAUGGAGUGGGUUACAAUGUGCUGUGGGUUCUGGUACGACUACAGCUAA